AUGAGGAAGCUCCUAGUGGAAGCAGCUCGGGUUGGCACCCCCAGAAAUUACUACCACCUCCUUCUCGUCCCAUCAAUUACGCCGUUCAUACCUCCUCUCCAUGUGCAAAAAAUUCCAUUUGGAAGUAAAAAGAAAAAAGAAAAAGUGGACAAAGAGACGAAGAAACUUCGGAAAUUUUUGAAAAUAUCUGGUAUGAAAAAUGAUGCACAGUUGGAAGAAGCAGACGAGGUGAAACGGAGUGGACAGAGUGGACUGAGUGAACGGAGUGGACGGAGUCAUGGAGAGAAUGACGAACGAGAAAGAGAUGCUACUACCCCGAUGGAGGUAGACUACCAAGCAUAUGACGUGAAGGCACAAGAAAUUCUUAAAGCUUUUGAGAAAAAAAUGAAAAAAAUAUAUGACAACAAUUUAAGUGUCGAUUUUUUUAACAACAUCGUUAUCGUGAAAGAGAAGCAAAAUUUUCAUUUGUCCGAUUUAGCUCAAGUUGUUGUGAAGUCAGCCAAAGUGAUUUAUUUUUUCCCUUACAUGACUAGCGAUGCGCAGAGAAUUAUUUACCAUUUGAAGAUCAAGGACAAUACAUGGAACCCCACUAUGUCGAAUGACGGGCAGUAUAUUUUGCUGCAUAUCCCACCACUGACGGAGGAUGUA